AUGUCAUCUGGCUUCUUCAGAGGGACGAACACUGAGCAGGUCAAGCAUGUCAACGCCGAGCAGAAGAUCAUCAAGGAGAUGCAGAAGAACAAGCGGUUUCCAGACCAUUACGCUCAGAAGGUGGACAUGUCGAAGGUCUCCAUGGACGUCAUGAAGCCAUGGAUUGCCAAGCGCAUCACGGAGAUGCUGGGCUUCGAGGAUGACAUCGUCGUCGACUUCUGCGUGGCGCAGCUGUCGGAGCCCGGGGACAAGGGCCUCGACCCAAAGUUGCUCCAGGUGAACCUCACGGGGUUCUUGGAAAGGAAGGCCGGCCCUUUCUGCUCAGAGCUCUGGCAGCACCUCCUGUCGGCUCAGGAAAGUCCGGUCGGGGUUCCCCGCGAGUUCAUCGACCAGAAGAAGGACGAGCUCAAGAAGAAGAAGGAGGAGGCAGAGAAAGUGCAAGAAGAGUUGAAGAGGCGGAGGCAAGAUCUGGAAGAAGCUUCGAAGCUCGAACGUCGUGAUCCUCCAUCUCGAGAGGAUGGCGGCCGAUCGCGGAGGGACGACGACCGCGGCCGCGACGACCGUGGCAGGGAUCGAAGCAGAGACCGGCGAAGGGACCGUGACGAUGUGGCCGGCCUGCAUUUUUGCAGAGGGGCUUAG